AGGUUCUCUCCUGGAUCUUUGCUGCCGUGUCUGGGAUUUCGAUUUCGUGCGGAUUUUUCCCUUACUUUCUUCAGCAUGCGCGACGUUGCAGCCUCCCCUCAAUGUAAUUAAGAUCCAGGGGUAAUGCCCAACAUCUCCCUGCGUGUACGAGUUGAUGUCCGUGGCAACGAAUCGCCGUGAGAGGCUCUAAACCUCCGUGUAAAUCGUGACAGCGAAGCUCAAGGUGGUCCGAGAUGCCCGUGGCAACAAAGCUCAAGAGCCUCUACAUGGCCACCUCCAUUGAGGAGCUCGACAAAAAAUACAGCAAGAUCGAGCUGCCAUCGCCGAACAUUGCAAUGGUGUGCAAGUCCACCAAGGCCAUUCUCCAGAAGGCCGACCUGGACAGGGACCUGGGGGAUGAGGAGCGGGCGUAUGUGCUGUACAUGCGCUACUUCACCAUGGUGCAGCUCAUCCGCAAACACAGAGACUACAAGAAGGACAAGACGAAGUACGAUGAUACGCUGAUGAUCAAACACUGCCCGAGGGUCAUGGAGACCCUUGAGAAGCUGAAGGAGAGUUUAAUAAAAAGGUAUGCCCUCCUGAAGGAGGUGAAAGCAGCCGAGGCCAAGGAGCAGAAGGCAGCGGAAGAGGCGUACGCUGAGCAGCAGGGCAAGAGGACGCCAGUCGCCAAGGAGCACCUGGACGAGAGCAGCAAAACAAACGGAGAGCCAAGAACUGGCUCUUCCCCGGUGCCUGUGGCAGGGGUCAUCAAGCCGGCCAAGACGUGCAUCUCCAGCUUUGAGCUGUACGACCUGCUGCUGGACAACACGCUGAACCUGCUGAUCUUGGAUUGCCGAGAGCGGGAUGAUUUCUUCGAGUCACGCCUGAAGCACAGCCACUGCAUCAACAUCCCCGAGGAAAUCCUGUCUCCGGGCAUUACAGGAGAGCAGCUGUCGGCAGCGGUGCCGGACGAGAGCCGGUCCCUGUUCGGGAGGCGGGACCUGGUAGACUUCGUCAUCCUGAUCGACUGGAGGAGCAGGGACGUCCCCAGCGUACCCACCGUUCCCCUCAGAGUCCUCAAGGAUGCCAUCUGGAAGUGGUGCACGAGCAAGCACCUGAGGAGCGAGCCGAUGGUCCUGAUCGGAGGCUACGAAGAUUGGCUCCUGCGCUACCCAAUGCACACGACCUACCCACACCCCAGGAUUCCCACCCCUCCCGGCAGCCCCCACCCACCUGACCUCGGCUUGGCCAUCAUUGACUUCCCCGACCUGGACAGGGACUUUGAGCAGAAGGCGCCCAGCUCCCAGCAGAACGCCACCCCUGGCAACCACGGCCCGGCCUCGGGGUCCGGCAACGGGUCGUGGCAGCUGAUGCCCUCUGUGGACCGUACCAAGAAGCCCAAUGUCCCCAACGGGCCCACGGUUGUCAACGACGUCUCGUACAGGGUCGUCAAUGGAACCUCGCUUGACUCCUUGGCAGACACGCCGAAGGCGAACAUUCCUCAGCAACUUCAAGAGAAGGACCGAGAGCUGGAACGCAUCAUUCGACUUCAGGAAGAGCAGAAGAAAGCUGAGAAGGAACUGAAAAGGAUGAGAGAGGAGCGCAAGCAUAAAGAGCAGAAGGAGAAGGAAGAAGCGGAAAGACGGAAAGGAGCUGUUGCGCCCGACAAGGCGUCGGCCAGAACAAGAAAGCAGGUGUCGACUACCGGCGACGUGAGCCAGGAUCGGGGCGGCCAGGGGGAGAACUCUGCCUCAAAGCACUCGAGUCCAACGGCCUGGAAGAGCAGCGGCCUCUCGAGGUCUCGGUCGUUCCCCAACCUCUCGACGGCUGCGGAUGAGGAAGUGCAACAGCUAGCCGAGCGCCAGCCAGACACCUCCGUCAUCCCUGGGUUCGACCGCACCCUCAAGCCGUCCCAAAGUGUGGAGGCACCUUCGGCAAGCAUAAGUCGGCAGUCCCGUGUACGACCCAACGACCUGUCCAACUCCCGUGUCAGAAGCAUCAGUCCGUCAUCUGGAAGGGAAAUCAAGCGUCUGGCAGGACUGAAGAACCUGGGCAACACAUGCUAUAUGAAUGCCACUCUGCAGUGCCUUGCCAACACCGUUCCAUUGGCGCUGCACUUCCUCUCUGGCAAAUACCAUGCUGACAUCAACAGGGAAUCGAGGAGAGGCACGGGAGGCGAAGCUGCCAACGAAUUCAAAAAUCUGGUUGCCCAGAUGUACUACAACGACAAGAGCGUGGCUCCCAAAUCUUUCAAGUCUCUGAUGGGGCGGCUGUUCAACGUGUAUGCCGGCUACGAGCAGCAGGACGCGCAUGAGUUCCUCCUCAACCUGAUCGACAAGCUUCACGAAGACCUCAACAAGGCAAACCAGCGGCGGGUUCCCCCGGCGUCGCUGCCGCCAGCAGACGAAGCGUCGUUGUCGCUGAGCGCGCGCAUCAACCGCUUCUGGAACCAGCACACGGACCGCCACUUGUCGGUGAUCUCGGACCUGUUCGAGGGCCUGCUAGCCUCCACCCUGACCUGCCUUUCCUGCCACAAGUCUUCGAGCAGCUUCGAGGCCUUCUCUUGCCUCUCCCUGCCUAUCCCCCACGGAGGGGCAUCCGGCUGCUACCUCCAGGACUGCCUCAAACUGUUUCUGGAGACGGAGAAGAUGUCUGGAGAAGCUGCGUGGGACUGUCCGUCCUGCAAACAGAAGCGCAAGGCCGAGAAGCGCAUGAUCAUCGCCAGGCUGCCCAAGAUCCUCAUUGUGCAAUUCAACAGGUUCCGCUGUGAAGCUGCCUGGCAGAGCAAGAAGCUGCAGACAUAUGUGCACUUCCCUGUGAACAACUUCGACAUGAACCAGUACGUGGACCACACCAGGUUGGAGACUCAGAAGAGGCCCCCCUACAACCUCUACGCUUUUCUCAAUCACUAUGGUACUCUGGCUACUGGACACUAUAUAGCCUAUUGCCGUGCUGGGAUCGGGAGUUCCUGGUUUAUGUAUGACGAUGCGUCCGUGACGGAAGUGGUGUUGUCUGAGUCAGAUAAAAAAAAUGCUUAUAUUCUUUUCUACACGUCGGUGGACAUCAAGCAUCAGUUCACAUGUGCCUGUUAGAGCAUAGCAUAGUUAAUUGUUUCUUGCCUUUUUUUAGCCCCGAGGCUGGGGGCAGUUAACGCAGGUUAAGAAUAAAAUAACAGGUUCCGUUAUAGUAUUAAGGCAGCGACAAUGCAUGUUAAACGUGCUCGCUAAGACCAGAAGUCAGCAUAGUGAAGGUCCUGUAAAUAUGUUUUGUACACCAGUGUAAAUAAAUAUGUCUUAGGCUGCUAUGGGGCAUAGCAUUGUAAAAAACUGCUAAUGUAGAGAUUAAUAUUAUUUUUUAAUAAAGUCUACUAUAUAAAAGUGAUGGACAUGCAAGUCGAGUGGGCAUGUAUAUAUGUAUUUUAGAAUCGAAUGAAAUAAAAAAUAUGAUUGAAAUUCGGAAGGCAUUU